GCCUUCAGUACGUUUUUGGCUGUCGGUCCAUCGUGUCCGCAGCUGUGGUUAAACCGGCCGCGAGUCACGUUUUUCUUUUUUUAUUUUUUGUUCGAGGACGAAAUUUCAUUGAAUUUUUAGAAACUACUAUUUUACUUGAAUAUUUUAUGCAGAAAUAUUUUGCUUGUUACGAAAUAUCUUUGAGUUGUUCUGUUUAACUUGUUCCUCACUUGUUUCCACCGAUGUUUGAUUUUAUCGGGUGAGGAAUUUGUUGUUGCGUUAUCGAAAGGGGGGAAUCAAACGACAGAAAAACACGACGAUUGAACCGAGUGUGUCUGUGUCAUGCCCUCGUGUGCCCAGUUGUUGCUGACCGACUGAAUUUCUUCUCAGUAAGGUUUCGCGCAGCGGAGCAGAAUUUUGUUUUACCUUAACCGCGUCCCAUUGGAGGCGAUGAGGAGCUGGAUGAGGAGAGAAGAGUCAUAAAAAGCAAAUAAAUAUUCCACCACAAACGAAAGCCACAAUCGGUGUGUGUGUGUGUGUGCGUGUGAAGAGAGGAGUUGUUCUUCUUCAUCUGAGACUCGCACACGAAAAGAACGAUGAAUAUGCGCACGGCCGUUUGGAGUUUAUGGGCGAUAGUCUUCUUUUAUGGAAGCUGCCAAGCUGUCGAUGAAGGUGAACGUCGAGGCGGAAGAAAACGGAAUCGGGGCACGGGUGCUUCAGCCUUUCGCCCCGAACAGACUAGUCCAUCGAAUCACGGUCGUAACCUUCCUAUGCCCGAUGACCCACUGUUCACCGACCAACGAGAAAUCCGGCUCUCUUUCCCGAAGGAGCGAUUGUGGAGCUCGAGUGGAUCGGUCGACUCUUCUAGGAAGAAGGCGACCACGACAACGAGUCAUAACAACAAGAAGAAGCCGUCCAAGUCUAGCGGUGGUGGCCAUUCAUCGGAUAAUUAUUUUGGCUCGCGAAAGACCGGCUCCGAGUCGUCAACAAAAACAAACCCUAAGAAGCCCAACAUCAUCUUGAUAGUGACGGACGACCAGGACGUUGAACUUGGCUCACUCGACUACAUGCCUAAAACUCGGGCCAUUCUUAAAGAGGGCGGGGCUUUUUUCCCAAAUUCUUUCGUCUCGACGCCCAUGUGCUGCCCGUCAAGAAGUUCCAUGCUCACCGGACUGUUCGUCCACAAUCACGGCGUCUUGACAAACAACGAGAAUUGCUCAUCAGCCUAUUGGCAAGCGGAGCACGAGCCGAGGACGUUUGGCGCUUACUUGGCCAGCGCUGGAUAUCGAACGGGCUAUUUUGGUAAAUACCUCAACAAAUACAACGGCAGUUACGUCCCGCCUGGAUGGAGAGUGUGGGCCGGUCAAGUCAUGAAUUCACGAUACUACAACUACACCAUUAACUUCAACGGCCAAAAGAUCAAACACGGCGCCGACUACCAGACGGAUUAUUAUCCCGACUUGAUCACCAACGAUUCCAUUAGUUUCCUGCGUGAGUCUAAACAACACUACGACCAUCAGCCUUUCCAUUUGGUGAUGAGUUUCCCGUCGCCUCACGGUCCCGAGGAUUCCGCUCCCCAAUAUGCGGACAUGUUUUUCAACGUGACUAGACACCGAACGCCGAGCUACGAUUUCGCGCCCAACCCAGACAAGCAAUGGAUCCUCCGCUGGCUGGGCAAAAUGAAACCCGUUCACCAUCGCUUCACCGAUUUGCUCAUGACGAAACGGCUCCAGACGCUGCAGAGCGUCGACGAAGCUGUCGAGAAAAUCUUUAGCGAGUUGGUGGCGCUCGGCCAAUUGGAAAAUACCUACAUCUUUUACACGUCCGAUCACGGCUAUCAUCUUGGACAGUUUGGACUGAUCAAAGGCAAGUCGUUCCCGUUCGAGUCUGACAUUCGAGUCCCAUUUUUGGUUCGCGGGCCGGGCGUCGGACGCGGCCGGGUGGUCCAAAGUCUGAUUGGCAACGUGGAUUUGGCUCCGACGUUUCUCGAGAUUGCCGGUGUUCCCGUGCCACCGCACAUGGACGGCGCCUCCAUUUUUCGUUUCUUUCAAAAGGAGAAGGUCAAAAGCCGAACGCCCUGGAGGGACACGUACUUGAUCGAGCGAGGCAAAAUGCCACCCGCGCACUUUCCGAAACUCAACGUCGUCGAAGAUGUUCCCAAUAGCAACGAAGGAGCUGAAGGCGACGAUGCUGACGGAGUGUCGGUCGAGUACUCUCCGCCGCGAGGCAAAUUCGAAAGAUGGGCCGUCGAGUGCCGCAAGCCUCAAUAUCAGAGCCCGUGCAGUGGCUUCCAAAAGUACGAGUGUCUCUUUGUGGACGAACGAUGGCGCAUGAAAAAAUGCCGGACAAGCGUCCAGCCACAUCACAAACUGGCCAAGAAGAAAUGGUGUCAAUGCAAAGCCCUUUCCAAGUAUCGACUCAGCAAAUUGGAGCCGGAAGAGAGGAGGAUGCAGCGAGCCUUUCUCAAAGAGCACACGAGACACGUGGAUUGGCGCGGAUACCGGCCGCGUUUCCUCAAAACGGUGGCCGGCAAAAAGAAGUUCCACAGGAAUAAUAACCGACACAAACGCGAAGAGGCUGCCGCCGCCGCCGCCGCAACAGCUGUCGAGACGGCUGCCUCAUCCGCGGAAGGAAGUGUUUUGCGCGAUGUUGCAGAAGACGAGCUGGAACAAGUCGAGCUCAUCAUGGAAGACAUUUCUGAUGAGAUUUCUGAUCUUGAGGCUCUAACGGAAGCGAGAAACGUUUCCAGCAACACGGAAGCCGCAAUCCUUGAUCCGGUAACGGUGGCACCGUCUACGGCGGCUGGAUCACCGAGUGGCGACGACAAAAGUGCACCGCAGCUGAACAACAGCGAUGGUAAACUCAACUGUCAAAUAGUUGGCCAGUCGCGAAUCAAUUGCAGCAGCGAAGUGUACAGCGAUCCAGCUACUUGGCGGUUAAGUCGCGACUUCCUGGAACAACAAAUCCGCAUCCUACGUGUCCAGUUGGAUGAACUGAAAGUCAUCCGGAAGCACUUGAGGGCAAUGAGGCCGAUGAUGGGCGUUGAUAAAUCCUAUUCGGCCAAUAACAAACGGGCGAGUUCAAAAACUACGGGCUCGUCUCUGUUUGACUGGUCGUCACCGCCCUCCAAGCGGACGGAAUUGAAUAGCAGCACGGGUGCGUCAGACCUCGCCGGAAGCGUGGGCCGAAGGAAACAUCGUCCUAAAAUCGCACAAUUAACGGACGAUGCCGAAGACGACCACGAAGAAGAAGAGGUCGUUGACGAAGAUGACGAUGAUGAAGACGAGGAUGAAUCGACUGCCGAUCCAGUAGAAAGCACAAUUGAAGUGACCAUCUACGACAAUCGUAAAAUCAAGCCUUCAAACAAUGCCGGACGGAUUGGGAUGUGCCCUUGUGUGGAUGUCAAUUGGUCGUCUCGCAGUCGUGAGGCUCGCAAAGAGGAGCGUUUGAUUCGGCAAGCGAAUCGCCGUAAGAUAAAAGAGGAACGACAAAAGCGACGCCAAAAGAAGUUGAGUCGCAAACGAGCCAUGAUCGAAUCGCACAAUGGCCAGUGCAGCUAUGAAAAAAUGAAUUGCUUUAGCCACGAUAAAGAUCAUUGGAGGACGGCCCCCUUAUGGAACGACGGCCCCUUCUGCGUUUGCAUGAACGCCAACAACAACACGUACUGGUGCGUUCGUACGCUCAACACGACUCACAACUCGCUCUAUUGUGAAUUCAUUACCGGCUUCGUCACCUACUACGACAUGCGCAUCGAUCCUUACCAACUGCGCAACAUCGCCCACACCUUGUCUGAAAAUCAAUUGGCCUUUUUCCAUCAGACGCUCGAAAAAUUGCGCGUUUGUAAAGGGGCCGACUGUUUCGUCAACACUCAUCCGUCGGCCGCUAAAUUGCUGUCCGCAACUAAUGAUGGUGGUGAUGGUCGUGCUAGCAAAUCCGAUCCGGAAGAAAGCAAAAAUGCUAGUUAUCACCUGCAAAGUAGUCAUGUGCUCGACAAUGGUCGGUUGGGCAAAGUCAAACCGAGACGUGACGGAUACUGGCGCCGGUCGAAGCGGCGAGAAAGGCAGACGCCAGAUGUUAUUGCGUCAUCCAACGCCGCCGCCGCCGUGUGAUUGAUCUCGUCCCUCACAGCUUCUCUUUUACUCUUCCUGGACAAAGUUCACUAACUACCCCCUGAGAGAUUGUUAUAGGACACACACACACACACAGAUGGAUAUAAAAGAGCAGCGAGACUCGACGACUGUUUACAUCCAUGUCCUUUUUCGGGAAAAUGGAUGUUUUUUUUUUUUUUCUUUAUUUUUCUUUACAAGUUUCUGUUUUUGUUGUUUUCUCGCCGGAUCGUUUAUAUCCUCUAGAUGUUUAUCGUUCGCGGUUUUCUGUACAGCAGAUGAAAGAUCAUUCUCAGUCGUCCCGUGUUUAAAGCGGGAACAAAGUGCCAACGUCACAUUUUCUUGCCGACGAAUGAGAAUUCGAUUUAGUAUUGACUUCUUUUUCCCUCUCCCCCCUUUUUUUAUUGAAUGAAAUUGUUUGUUUUUCUUUUUAAAUUUAGUUGAAUUUUUUUUUUAUCAUUUUGUUUACAAACUCAGAAAAAUGCGAGAAGAAAGGAGGAAAAAUGUUGUUUUGUUAUCGAAUUUAUUUGAUUUUUUUUUUGUUUCGCCCUCAAAUGUUUUGACUUGUGUUAGCCUCGCCUUUGACUCGCGGCCACACACGAAAAGAAAUUUCGAUAUAUUUCCUCCCGUAUUUCUCGUUAUUGAGCGUCAUUUUAUGUGUGUUGUACUGCCAGAAAUGUACUCCCGGAUGUCGUUAGGUGGCUCUACCAUCUGGAAUUUUGUUUUUAUUUCGCUUUGCUUACCUUUUCCGCGUAAACACGGUAAGGGAAAGCAAAUGAGAAACAAACAAACCGGAACGCGAUGGCCUAAUUGCCGUUUCAGACCUUUCCAUGAAUUUCUUAUCUAGAUGUUUCAAACUUAAAGGAUGUGUUCAUGAGCCGCUUCUGUUGACUCUCUGUGUAGCUGUGGUUUUCUUUAUUGAAUUUUCUAUGUUUAAAUGAUGUGAAUACUCCGUCAUCUCUAUUGCCAUUCAUAUUUUCAAAUUCAUUUUUUGUCGUAAAGUGUUUUUAUGUCGUUGAUUAAACACGGAAAUCACCGAGAAUACAUUGACUAUUUAUUUGCGUUAUGCUGAUAUUAAA